AUGAGAGGGCUGAAUGCAUCACUUGUGAACUUUGGUGGGUAAUUUUAACUGAUAGUCACAUAAAAUUGUGGUUUAAUGCUAUGUGGGAACAUAAAUAAUUAUUCUUUUGAAGAAUGUCUAUAAAAAAUUGCCUGAGAAAGAACUUCUUAAAUUGAAGUGCAGGUAUACUUCAAUAGUAAAUAUUAAAAACUGACCAGGGAGGGGAAGUUGUUGAUAUUUUGUAAGUACAUUUAUUUCCUACACAACAAAUUCGGGGUGAUCCCUUAAAUUGUAGGGUUUUGAAAAAGGGGGGCUAGAACGUUGUUUGCUUUUCUUUUUAGUUCGAAUUUUCCAGAAGUUAGGAUAAUCUUUUGUGAGGUUUGAAUGUCAUUUUCUAAUAUUCAAUUGUGUAUAUUUUGCUUUUUUAAAUUUGAAGAUCCUGGAAAUAGUUAUAAAUAUGUAAUAUUUACCCAGAGCUUAUUGACUGUGACUUAUUCCAGAAAUAUAUAUAGUGCAUUGAACUGAUUGUUUCAUGGGCACAUCAUUUAAUGAAAAACUCAUUAAAGCAUUUUCAAAACCCGUAAGCAAAAACAAGAUAUUUUAAUCUAGCAUCAUCUAUGAAAUCUACCUAGUGCCAAAAAAGACCCCUGAAAUUUAUAGAGUGAAGACUCAGUAUGAGUGGAAGCUCAUUUGUCCAAUGGACUUUUCCAACCACUCCAACUCACCAAAAGCCACUCCUUUUGUAAGAAAUCAAUUUUAGCUGAUUUGAGACAUCUUCACACACAAACCCAUACCAUGCUGCUCUGGAAAAUCUUUGACCUCCAGCAGUGACUUUUCAGGAUGCAAAGGUGUUGCAGAAGGUAGGCAAGGGCAAGAAAAUCCCCUUUCCAGGGUACUCUGCAUCUUGCCUAGUGUAAUUUGCAUUUAAAAGUAUCAUUCUGGGCAGACUCCUGCCUGAGAAAAUAAAUCUUUGAAUGUUUUUGCCCUUGACACAAUAUGCAACAUUUUGUUGCCGGUCCUCAGUUGUCUAAACUAAUAGUAAACUCAGUUCUCCAAGUGCUGCUCCUUGUGUAGCCAAAGGAAUGAAGCAGCAACCUUGGGGCAGCCCCAGAAUUUGCAGAAGUACAAUAUACUUUAGUAGGGAAAGCCAUAGGAGUGGAAUCCUUCCAAAAGCAGACCAGUGAGGAUUAAAGAUGCUCGUAAAGACAGACAUAGGAUGCUGGCUGACUGCUGUAGGAAGGGGGGAAUGGAAAACGAGGGGAGGGGGAAUACUGCAAUAUUUGGUUGUGAGUUCCACAUGCUAUAGCUUUAAAAAAUUGCCCUUAGAAUAAUCAAGAUCAAGUCUGGUCCCUGUAAUACAGUAUAACACAUAAUCUUGGCCUGAGAUAUGGAGAUGCCACAUCAAUGUAGAAACUACACAACUAUUAAUAUUAAAAUCUCACGAAGCCAAAUUAUUUUCUUCCUUGAAUUUGCUUAUCACAUAGAAAUGCAAGUGGCGCUGCCUGGCUAUGCAGUGAUUCAAAACAACUGACUAAAUAACAUUUUAUUUUGAAAACAAAGGAUUGUUAAAGUUGACAUUUAACUUCUCAUUUUAAUCUUUGAGGUCCUGAGAGCUGUUGUUGUAGCUAGGAGUCUGACCCCAGAAAUCCCCAUUUCAGAAGCUAUCCCACUAUAACAACCUUAGGGAAGCCACCACACUCUCCCAGCCUCAGUCAGCCAUCUGCAAUAUGUUAAUAAAAACUGGUCUACCUUAUGGAGUUGCCCCAAGGAUGACAGAGAUAGUGAGUGUAUAGAAAGUGUUUGAAAAUUAAAGCUCAAAAUGUACUGCAUAAGCAUUAUUACCUGCAUUCAUUAUGACUUUUCAGGAUCAGAAGCCAACUAUGAGUCCUCUAAAGACAAACAAUUUAAGCCAUUUCACUUAUUUUGUUAACAAUCUAGCAUUUUCCUCCUGUUAAAGAAAAUGGCACUUGAUUUGUUCCUUAUCAGUUUAAGGUACCUGUGUAUACUGCUUUUCAAGCAAACCUCACACAGCAGUUUACAAAAGAUUAUUUACAAGCAUUGAUUAAAAAUAUGAUAAAACUGAAAGACUAUGAUUUUGAAAAGCAGAGUGAACAUACUCUAUUUGCAUGCUGGCAGCUCUUUUAGAUGGCUAACAACUACAAGAUCACAAACUUCAGUGCAGUAACACCAGGCUAUGUUGGCUGCAUCAUAAGCAUGUAAGCAGCUGCCUCUCAUUGAAGAAUGCUCUCUGUAAGGCACAUAGUCUAUCCAGCCUCCCUAAUAAAAAAAACAGAGAUGGUUUUGCACAGUCUGGCAGAAGGAUUGUGCAAUUCUGAGAUUAGUGGCUAGAACAAAACUGGCAGAUGGAGUUGCAUUCUUUUUAUCCAAUGGCUUUCUGCAAAAGCACUCGUUUAGGACCCAGGGGAAAUGUUGCCAGAUAGGACUAACUUCUUCAUGAGUAAUGGCCAAUCCCUGAGCAGCAAGGAAAGGAAGAGCUCUGAGUAGGAAGCCCUGGAAAGCAGGUUUAAAAUAUUAAAGCAGAAAAGCAGUUUUUCUUUCUAACAAUGAUCACUCUGAUAAAUGUGAGAUGCUGGAGAUGCAGCUGAUUCAAUGUUUAAACCAGCGGGUACUUACACGUCAGGCGGUUACGGGACUGAAGGACAGUGGAGCAGUGAUUCCCACGGAAUGCCUUAUUUUGCAAAACUAAUUUUGCUGAUCUUUUGUUUGUUCUUCCUUGUGGAGAGCAGAAAGCACAGGAAAAGGAGAUGGGCAGGACAAGUAGAGCUGCCGCAAAUAAGUCACAUAUAUAAGAAGAACAAUGACAUGACCAAAACUCGGACAGGAAAAAGUGAACAGCUCCUCAGGGUAGAUGACCAUGAUUUCACCAUGAGGCCAGCCUUUGGAGGCCCUGCUAUUCCUGUCGGGGUGGAUGUGCAGGUUGAAAGUUUGGACAGUAUUUCUGAGGUCGAUAUGGACUUUACGAUGACACUGUACCUGAGGCAUUACUGGAAGGAUGAGCGCCUCUCCUUUCCCAGUCAUACUAACAAAAGCAUGACUUUCGAUGGGAGGCUGGUGAAGAAGAUCUGGGUGCCAGAUGUCUUCUUCGUUCACUCAAAGAGAUCCUUCAUUCAUGACACAACCACUGACAACAUCAUGCUGCGGGUGUUCCCAGAUGGCCAUGUGCUCUAUAGUAUGAGGAUCACAGUUACAGCCAUGUGCAACAUGGACUUCAGCCGAUUUCCGCUAGAUUCGCAGACCUGUACUCUGGAGCUCGAAAGCUAUGCUUACACAGAUGAAGAUCUGAUGCUGUACUGGAAAAAUGGGAAUGAAUCUCUAAAAACAGAUGAGAAAAUCUCCUUGUCUCAGUUCUUGAUACAAAAAUUUCAUACAACCUCCAGACUCGCUUUCUAUAGUAGCACUGGUUGGUACAAUCGCUUGUACAUUAACUUCACAUUACGUCGCCACAUCUUUUUCUUUCUGCUGCAAACAUAUUUUCCAGCCACACUCAUGGUCAUGCUAUCUUGGGUGUCAUUCUGGAUCGAUCGCAGGGCUGUGCCUGCUAGAGUAUCGUUAGGGAUCACGACGGUACUGACCAUGUCUACCAUCAUCACGGGCGUCAAUGCCUCUAUGCCUCGAGUUUCCUACAUCAAGGCUGUGGACAUUUACCUCUGGGUCAGUUUUGUGUUCGUCUUCCUUUCGGUGAUAGAGUACGCAGCCGUGAACUACCUGACCACUGUGCAAGAGCGAAAGCAGAGGAAGCUGCGAGAAAAGUUUCCAUGCACGUGUGGAAUACCUUCUACAAAAACUAUGAUGCUGGAUGGUGUUUACAGUGAAUCCGAUACCAAUAGCCUAGAAGAGUACCCAAGAGGCCAAAUGGUGGCUGAGGAGGAUAAGGAAGACAAGAUGGUGGUCCAUUUGUCCCUGAAUAAUGAGUCUAACUCAUCAAGGAAGAAAGGGCUGAAGGGACAUGUUAGCCUCCGUAUCAUGCAAAACACACAUGCCAUUGACAAAUACUCAAGAGUAAUAUUUCCAGGCACCUAUAUAUUUUUUAAUUUAAUAUACUGGUCUGUCUUUUGCUGAAUAUGCUAAGGCAGUGAUUUUCCCAGGAGAUGUUUUAAAGACUACUGUGAGUUUCGAGGCUUUUUGGCCUCUGAGAAAGCAAUCCCGUCCUGUUGCACCUUUGGAGUGUGAGUGUGUUGGAAAGGAGGCACUGCAGCACACAGUGCUAUUUGGAGACCGUUCACCUGUGCCAGUUAAUUUAGGCUUCCCAUUCCUUCUUAAAUUUUUGAUAGUCUUGACUUUCAUACUUGAAAACAUGCACCUGUUGGCUUUGGAUCUCAGUCACUGCAUGUGUCUUUUACAAGUGGGUGCUGGCAAUAGGAUGGCCAGGUCUACACUUUUAAAAGGGAUCUGGAGUAGAUUGGGGGUUUGCUAUGAAAUGUUGAAAUCAAGGGAAACUGCUACACCCUUAAGGGGAAUGUGGUGGUUUUUAUUAUAAGGGGUAGCAAGCUGACACCUGUAGGGUUUGUAUUUGCAGCUACUAUGGACAAACCACCCAAGAUAAUCUGCCUGAUAAGAAAGAGGGGCUUCAGAUGGUGACUGAAACUGUCUUGAAAACAGCAGGUUUUCUUAGGAUGCUGUUUAAGAAGGCUGCUUUUACAAGUGAGGUUGUACAUGAUAGCUAGGUUGUAGUUGUUGACCCCAUGGACCAGAGCCAGAUAGCUAGGAAUCCCGGUGUAUUUCCACAAGCACUUUUUAUCUUUCUUCCCUCCUCGCAAACUCCUGUAUGUUGCGGGAGGAAAGUUACCUUCCCUCCCCCCCCCAACAUCUUUACAAUGAUGUGUUGACUUUUUCAGUCAGGGGUUAUACAUCUUCUAGGCUAGGGAUUCAGUGGACUAAAUGCUAUUGUCUUUUGGGGAAGUAGGGCUGCCUAGGUGAACAUAAAAGAUUAUUUCUUGCAACAUAAGGGUCAGAUUUAGGCAAAGCUCUACAUUUUGGUACUCUGGUUUUUUCUUAUUUAUUUGAAUUACGGUAGAGACAAAUAACAUUGGAAAUAUGAACCUGAAGCUCAUUCUGAAUGCAAAAACAGCAAAGAGUGGUGCCUUAAAGGUGAACAGGUUUGUUGUGACAGGACGUUUUGUGGGCUCAUUUUUGUCAGAUGUAGGAAAUAUUAUCUUCAGUUAUGUAAUACGCACACAUAGGAACACAUACAGAGAAAAACAAUUUUGUAGACAAUAAUUCUGGGCUUUUCUUAAAGGAGGAAAUAUAUAAUGAAGACUCCCGUGUAAAUAUUAAGAGGGGGAUAUCAAAAGCUGGGAACCAUGCAGGAAAUGGAGCAGAGAAGUAUCACGAUAUGUAGACUAAUUUAUCUUCAUUACUUUGCAAUAUAUAAGUACCCCACUCCAGAGAUCCUUGUUUGUAGUAGUAAGAAAGGACAAAGGAGAACCCUUGAAUUAAUCUCCACACCCUUCAACAGAUAUUAGAAGCUUGUCAGAACUGACAUUAACCAACCAGUUGUGUAUGUACCGUAACCUUGUGUGCUGGUCCUGAUUUCUCCCCAUGCUGCAAUAUUUUGCACAUGUGCAGGAUUGUACAAAGAAGGGCAAUUCACAAACAGAAGCUCAUUCCUAUAUGUAAUUCAUAAAAAUAAAAACCUUUGUGAGUCUUCCUCAAUUAGGAGGAGAGAAGGAUUGCAUCUUGCUAAACUUCCAAUAUAACUUUGGGCACAUUAUUGUGCAAUUCCUAUACAUGUCUUUGAACCCCUGGGCUCAAAGAGGCUUACUCUCAGUUAAGUGGGUAUAGGGUUGUAGCUGCACCACAUUGUGCCUUAGUUUCCCCAUCUGUAAAAUAGGGGGUGAUGAACUAGCCUACCUCACAGGAGUGUUUUGAAAGCUUGAUUGACUAAGAAUGAUUUCUAAGACAAUUCAGAUUCUUUUUUAAGGCCCAGUGUUAAAUGUAGGGUGUUAUUUUUAUAAUGAAUAUAUAGGUUCAGUUUGCAUAUCACAGUAAGCCAUAAUUAAAGGUUUGUGGUGAACAUAGCAAUCUGGGCUGUCUUGCUCCAUUCCUUGCUAAUGCAUAGAGGAUGCAAACCUAAAUCCCUGGCAUAACAUUAUGUCUGAACCAGGGAUUGUGGUUUAUUCUUGACCAGCCAAGUACAAAACCUGGCUUAUCAUCAUGAUUUGUUUAGAGCAGCAGUUGCCUUCAAAAUGGUUUGGUGCUGCUUACCUGGCUUCCCAAUGUGGAGGUCACUGCAUGGAGGGUCAAGACAGCUGACAGGUUGGUGCAGUGCAAGUUCAGCAUCAGGACAAAUCUGAUUCUCACCAACCUCCCUGCUGCUUCUCCCAUCUCCUUUUCAGUUACCAUCAACAAUCUCUGUGUUGGUAAGCCAUCCUGUUCUGCCCCACUGACUGCAGUGGUUUUGAGUGAAACAAAUAAUGAUCCCUGGUUUUUAUGUAGUGCUAAGCCAGAGACCAUGGUUUGUUUCUCCCCAGCACUAUGGGAGGAGAAGAGCAGGUGUAAUUGAUUCAUGCACAGUAAACCAUGGUUCUGGUUUACUGUGAAGUGCAGAUGUGGUCAGUGUAACGUAACUAAGCAGCCUGCUGCUAAUUAGUACGUUAAUGCAAAGUAUAAAGAACUACCAUGAAAACUGGUUUCCUAUACAUCAGGCAUGUCCAAAGUCCGUUUCGGGGGCCUAAUCAGCCUGCUGGUCGGUUUAAUCCAGCCCCUGUGGCAGGUUAUUUCCUGGGGUAAAAUCCUUAAAAAGUUCAAUCCUAAAAAAAGGUCAACAACUUUGGUUGGCCCUUUGGUCAGCCCUUAUGGCCCUUCACUUCAUCAAAUCUGGCCCUCUUUGAAAAAAGUUUGGACACCACUGCUAUACAUGAAUCAUUCAGAGUUUUCAGGAAUAAUGGGGCCAAGCUAGCCAUGGUUUGCCACAAGCAACACGAGUGGAUUUGCACCAGGGAUAAAUGUUUUCCGUGAUAACUGUAAUAAAAUAGUGUACAUUACAGGUUAAUUUAACUUGCUGUGUAAAUAAAUAUAUUGGCUACAGAUUGCUAUUUAUUUUUACAAGCUCUCUUGCUUAACCUAUCUAGUGGCAGGAGAGAGUUAUUCAGAUGCUACAUUCUGCUUUGUCUACAUGAUAUCUCAUUUAAAUGCUAUGUAAUGAACUUUGUUCUGAAGAGCUUAGCCUUAGGUAACUUAAUAUGCACAUGUGCAUGUAUAGAAUAUAAAGCUACCGGUAAGUGUUUCUAGCAGAUGGAGUUAUGUGUCCUGGACACGGGUACAGAUCUGGGAUUGUCAGUUACUGAAAUGACAGUCUUGAGCAGAGACAUAGUAUCGUUUGGCAGCUCUGAGACUGUAUUUGCUGUCUCUGAUUCAAAAUUUUAGUUCAAUAGUGGAUACCAAUAAAGAACAAGACCUCUUAAUUUCCAUGCAUUUGUGGUCAUUCAGCCAACCUUUUAUCAACCCAGGCAGUUUCUAGACAGGAGGUUCCUUGGGAUAUGACCCAGUCACUGAUCUUGCAUUGCAAAUUAUAAGUGAAGUUGCAACGGACUUUCCACAUUCAUGGGACUAUUGCACUUUUCCAAUCUGUACAUCUCACUCUGUUCUGUUCACAACAGUGGCCAUGGCAUAGUUGCUCUGGGUGGGGCCAUUUGCAGCUCAGCACACAUCGUUGUGAGUGCCAUUUUAUUACCUCACUUUUUAAAUUUACCUUUCAUGAUCACUGGAACACUUUUCUAGAUACUGUAAAUGUAUUAGGGUUGCCAUAUUUCAAAAAGUAAAAACACCCCCCAAAACAUUUUGGCAAUAAUGAAUAUUGAUUAAAAUAACAAAAACUGGGCCAUAAAUUUAAUCACAAAUGUGUGCUGUGAGCUGUGAUAGGUUCACUUUCCUAAUAUGUCACUGCCUAUGUCAAAAUACUGUCCUAAAGGAGCACAAAAGGCCUCCAUGCACCUGAAAUUUAUCAUACUUUUCUGUUCUGAAAACCAGAAGACUUUCUGUGUUCAAAAAAAAGAUGCAAGAACCACAGAGAACAUAUAGGGCUGAAUGAUUUUUCUUGUGGCUGCCCUAUACAAACCUAGAGAACGUAGCAUCACAAUUCAGCACAAAAUAGCUUAUGUGAAACCACCCUCAGCCUCAAAGAGGCAUGAGAGACUUGAGUUCAAAUCUUGCCUCAGUCAAGGAUUCACCUUGACACCUAAGGAGAGUUCACUCUCUUUCUGGUCAGUAAAAUAAGGAUAAAAUAUGAGGAUGAGGAAAUGUCAUUCGUGUCUUCAUGCUUUCACCUCGAACUUAUCCUGCAAAAAGAAGAACACUAUUGCAUUGUUGAUCAAAUCGAGCGGUUCCAUUUAUUAUUCUGAAGCGUCUCUGAAAUGGAAGUGUCUGGUCCAGGAAAACGGCAGGCACAGCAGUCCUACUGAACAGCUUGUGACAUCUC